UGGCCUUUCAAUUUAAUGUGAAAAUGUGAAGGGCGCCCUGGAUUACUGUAGACAUCCAAAUUAUUUUGUUUGCAUAUUUUCCUUGGACUAUCAAUAUCAAUACGGAACCACAGAGUUGCAGAUUUGAACCUUUUGCUUUCCAUUUCUCUCCUCUCUCGCUGCAAUCACCUCCACCGUUUUUCCUCUCUCUAUCGAUACAGAUAGCAUUGUAUCAAUUCUUGUACACCUUCAAAAGCUUCUGAAUUGCCAUUGUUAGGGUUUACGGCUGAAAUCCGUCUACCAGAAAUUAGGCUAAUUUGAUUCUUUCACGAAAAGAGUUUAAUUAGCCUUCCAGCUUUUAUUUUGUUUUUAUUCUAUCUGUGGGAUAUAUAUAGAAUGCAACGCCACCAAAAUAUAUAGGACGCGGCUAUCAUACAUAUAUUUGGAUUAGUUCAAACAUUAUUAUUAGGUGAUGAUGAUGAUAGAAGGUUUGGGCUUUUGAGGGGCUUCUGAAAUUAUGUUGGGAGAAGGAAUGCUAUUAAAUAGGAGCCAGAACGGUGAUGAUUGGUUUUACAGUGCUGCAAAGUCUCGCAUGAGCCAAAGUCUCAGCGGUCGUCAGAAUCAUCAAGACGGAGAUCAUAGCAGGGGAGUCGAGAGCGACGUCACGGUAGGUGCUGUUUCCAUGCCCCAUGUCCGAGCAACAGCGGAUGAGCAGCCGACGGAGAAGAUGGCCAUAAAAGCCGAGCAAGCAAGCGAGGCGUCAUCUGUGUCCAAUAUCCGAAGUUUUUUGCAUUGCGUUACUCCUUCAGUCAAGGCGCGGUAUCUUUCCAAGACCACCUUGAGGAAUUGUAAGAUGCGUGAUGAAGGAUUUAAGCCAUAUUUUCUAUUAGGUGAUUUGUGGGAGGCUUUCAAAGAGUGGAGUGCAUAUGGUGCUGGAGUGCCUUUGAUAUUGAAUGAAAAUGAUAGUGUGGUUCAGUACUAUGUUCCCUACUUAUCUGGCAUACAAAUAUAUGCCGACCCUUCAAAGUCUUCAGAGAAAUUGAGGCAACCAGGAGAGGAUAGCGAUGUUGGCAAUUUUGGAGAUUCUAGUAGUAGUGGUGGAAGCAGUGAUUCUGAACAGGAUAGAAAUUGCCUAAAUCACUCAACCUGUGAAAACUUAUUUAGGAAUAGCAAGUCGCCAUUAGGAGAUGAAAAUACUAAUUUUCAAGAAGGGUUUUCCAGCGACGAGGGUGAAUCUGUGUGUUCUCAAUGUUACUUGGUGUUUGAAUAUUUUGAGAGGAGUCCUCCACAUGGUCGGGAACCUUUUGCAGAAAAGAUAUCAAACCUUGCUGUGUGCUUUCCUGAGCUGAAAACGCUUAGAAGUUGUGACAUACUUCCCUCAAGCUGGAUUUCUGUAGCCUGGUACCCAAUUUAUCGGAUACCAAUGGGACCUACUCUUAAACCCCUAGAUGCUUGUUUUCUUUCCUAUCAUUAUCUUCAUACAACUGGGACAGAAACAAAAGAUUCAGGUGCUGCAAGCGAGAUGGAUAGCAUCCUCAAUAUUCGCUUACCUGUUUUUGGCCUUGCUUCUUACAAGUUCAUAGCAUCGCAAUGGGUACCCGACCAUGAAGGCUGUGAAUAUGAGGUGGUCAACUCACUUCUGCAGGCUGCUGGGAACUGGCUGACAGCACUUCAGGCCAAUCACCCAGAUUUUAGCUUUUUCUGCCGAAAUUGGAGUUAAGUUGGUACCACUCCACAGUAAUCUGAAACAUGUAUUUGCUUGACCCUGCAGCUGAUCUGGUUUGGAAGGUGAGGGUGGUCUGGGUUUAUGCAUAAUGGUUCCAGACUGUUUAUAAUCAUAAGAGAAGAUGAAGAAAAAAACAAUUGUAGAAAAAACAUACUGCAAGGUAUGGGUAUGAUAAUAUGAGCAAGAGAGGUGCGACCACCCUUGUAGGGUGAGGAGGCGGUGAGCAGGACAUAGUAGUUUAAAAGAGCUGGCCUUUUUCUCCAGGCUGGAUAAAAUGUGGGACUGUAUGGUACGGAGUACUACAUAUUGCAACUUUGUGGGGGAGUUUUAGCAGAGUUUUUCAAGUCUGAAAUUGAGUUUCCCCUUUGUGUAACAUUGACGGAUUUCUUUAACACAUUAGCAUGUAGUAUUGUAGUGUUGUAGAAUGUCAAUUACUUUAUUUCUACGUAGUAGUAUUAUUUAACAGCACAUGUCGCCAUGUCGGGUUUCUUACUUUAUUAAUCUACAUGUAAUCAGUUUUGACUAAGUUUUAUGGGACGGAAGUAG